AUGGCUGCCUCUGGAAACCCGUUUUCACCAUGCAUGGUGGAAAUAAAUGAGAUCUCUGGUGACAAGAGAGACAAAUACUCCACUGAUUGGUCAGGCGGCUUGACAAUACUUGGUUCAACACCAAAACCAAGAAGCUAUAGCCAAUCUGUUACACAAUUUGUUGGGGCGAUAGCUGAUCCGCAAGCCAAGCAAUACGAGGAUUAG